AUGUUAACAGAUGCCAAGAUCCUCCAUGCCGCGGUACUGAGGGAGGUGCCGUCAACAGAUAAGGAGGUGUUGGUCAGAAGGAUAUUCACAGAAUAUAUUAUGUUGCCGUUGUAUGAACGCCCGUUGGCCCAGACGUUCACUCACGUUGACCUCACCACAUAUAAAAUGUUUGUUGAGAAAUUGAAUGACACUAUGGGACGGCCCCCACGUGUCUGGUAUGACCGAGAGAUUCAAGAGCUAUACAUCAAAUUUCCUCUUGAUAUUCAUCAGGACAUUGCUCAAGUGUUUGCACAUUGCUUUGACCAUUCUCUCUUGUCUAGCAGUGAUGGACAAGUGUUAGAACCCCAAGGUGGUUCUGAGAUACUUGUCAAAGGAGGCAAGGCAGAGCCAGAUAUACUGUUGAAACUCAAGACCCCACAUCAUCGCAUUAUUCGAGGCAGCAUGGAACGGAUCUCAGAGCGGAGGGAGCUCAUUCUUGUUGAAGUUGCAUUUUCUCAGUCAUGGCAUACAGUGUCUUCUCAAGUUCUAUGUCUCUUGACAGAGAAGCCAGACUUCUUGGGGGCAAUUAUUGUUGAUUUGAAGGAGUUUCCCUCCUGGAGCUUACCUUCUAUGCCAAAUGGAUAUCACACUCAUCACUACCAGGCGAGCGACUUCUAUGUUCGUAAUGCCUCAAAGGAAUAUGGACCUGUAUCUGUGGAUGGUGUUGCUUGGUUUGGCACACUCAAUGCAGACAUAUAUGUCUUCAGAAAUAUAGGCGAGGAGGUGCAAGAGUUGCAUCAAUUGAUGAGCCAAGAUUAUGAGGUACGAAAGACACAUGCUUAUUGCCAAAACUUAACAUAUAAGCGUCCUCUUACACAAACUGAAGAAGGUGACAGACUUACAGCAGAACAGUACUCUAGGCAGAUAACUUCAAGUGAACGUCUCUUGCUGUUGUUGGAUGAAUGUAGGUGUGUCAUUAAAGAAGAGAAGCAGAGACAAGUAGAGGAUGGCGAAACUCCCAACUUGAAGAAAGACAAUCUUUACCAAAACCUUCUAGAUCCUUUCGAGGAAGAGGAGGAAGAAGAUGAUAACAAUCUGGGUACAGCAUCUAUGUCAGCAGCUACAACAGGAUACUUUCUCCCCAUGCCACCACUUCCUAAGGCAUCCUGGAUGGAGGAGGACACUCUGGCAGAACGUAUUCUAAAGCUUGAGCCUUUCUGGAAGUUCCUACGUAUUCGUAUUCUUGAAGCCAUGGGCUCCACUGCUUAUAGUCGCUGGCUUAGUUGGCAUACCAAUGCCUCUAUCACCUAA